AUUUUUCAUAGUUUCGCUUUCAUUCUUUCUUUGGGCGAGGCUCAUAAAUGACUCGGUUCUGUUCGAGUCGGUCAUUUUUCCUUUUUAACUUAAUUAUUUCUCUCUAAACUUAACUUAAACAGUUCACAUCUGCUGCCGACGCUCAUUAUCAGUGUUAUUAGUCGAAGUUGUGUUUUUGGUCUCGGUAUUUUUCGCUUUACGAUCAUGUUUGUUUUCCGGGUAUUUUCCAUUGUCCUUCUCGUCUGUUUCAUGUUACAAUGUGUCUUUGCUGUUCCGAUGUAUAAAAAAGUUGGUGGCUCAGUUGUCCUGGAUUCAGGUCAUAAGUCUGGUCCCCUCACUAGUGUAACCUGGAAGCACCAAGCGGACCUCGCCUUGGAGUGGUUCGGAUCCGAAAUUACUUGCUACAGAACCUUUCAAGGUCGAUGUAAUUUGGACAAAACAACUGGAAGUUUCACCAUCACAAAUCUGAUUCUAGAGGACAGCGGCAAAUACACACCUGAGAUUAACAGCGUGGUUGGUGGCACAAUGGAACUUAAAGUUAUCAAACCGGUCCCAAAACCCACAGUGUCCAUGGCCUGGAAUACUGAGGAGACCGUCUGUAAACUCACCUGUGAGGCCAACAUCUCCUCUGAGUUUGGACCCAUCACAUAUAAAUGGAAAACAGGAGACACAGAGUUGUCCAACGAGAAGGAGCUGAGCUUAACAACGAAAAACGAGGAGCCCUCCUUCUUCUGUGUGCUGGGAAACCCUGUUAGCAACUCGGCCAGUGACGAGUUCUCUAACCCUAUUAGCAAAGAGUCUAAUGUAGCAGCGGUGGCUGUUCCGGUGGUUCUUGGUAUCCUCUUGAUUGCGGUUGUGGUUGUUGCCUUUGUGAUGUACAAAAAAGUUCCCAGAGUGAGGACAAUGUGGCCUUUUAAGUAUGUUUCAAAGAAGAAUAAAUCAAAGGAUAAAGUAGAGCUCAAUGGAUAUCAGCCUGUUAAUGUGAACGAAGAUGGAAUAAACAAUAUAAAUCAUACAGUUGUUUCGAUAGAGCAGCAGCAGCCGGAUCCACCAACAGAACAAGUCAGUGACAACCAAGCAGAACCAGGACAGAUCUCCACAUCUGAGGAAACCAAACCGACCGCUGAAGAACCUGGAAAGUCAAAAGACUCGACCUGUGAUCCACCUGCUGACACUGAACCUGAACAAGGGUCCAGUGAAGAAUCCAAUCUGGACCCAUCUGCUGGGAGUCCAGAGCCCAGCAGUCAAACUGAGAAUAAAUCAGAGGGUAAAGAAGAGCUCAAUGGGGAAGCUAAAGUGAACGAAGAUGUUUCGACAGAGCAGCAGCAGCAGCAGCAGCAGCAGCUGCAGCAGGGUUCACAUACAGAACAAGUCAGUAACAACCAAGCAGGACCAGGACAGAUCUCCACAUCUGAGGAAACCAAACCGACCGCUGAAGGACCUGGAAAGUCAAAAGACUCAACCUGUGAUCCUCCUGACACUGAACCUGAACAAGGGUCCAGUCAAGAAUCCAAUCUGGACCCAUCUGCUGGGAGUCCAGAGCCCAGCAGUCAAACUGAGAAUAAAUCAGAGGGUAAAGAAGAGCUCAAUGGGGAAGCUAAAGUGAAUGAAGAUGUUUCGACAGAGCAGCAGCAGCAGCAGCAGCAGCAGCAGCUUUUGGAUCCACCAACAGAACAAGUCAGUAACAACGAAGCAGAACCAGGACAGAGCUCCGAAUCUGACGAAACCAAACCGACCGCUGAAGGACCUGAGAUUGUAUCACCACCGAAUCCGAGACGUGCAGUAACGCCUGGCACAGAUUCUGCAGAAAGCUGAAACUCUCUUCUUCUGUGUGCGUCUGCUGUGACCUGGUCCGCUCUGGGAGGAUGUGAUGCUCCUUACGGCUGUUUGACUGCGUUUGUUGAACAAGCUAAUAUUUCAAAUGUUGCAUCUGACUGACAGUGACAGCAACAAGGUCCAGCUGGUGGAUAGUAUGUCUGAGAUUUGGAGGGAUGAACUUAGAAGAGAUCAAACGCUGCCUGACUCUCAUCAUGUUCAAGAGCAAAAACUUAUGAGAUUUAUUUUUAAAAGUUUUAUCUCUUCCAGAUUUGGACUAUUUUAGACCAUGAGUUGGAUAUAUCAGUGUUUCUUCAGCAUAUCUGAACUUUUCUUGAGGUUUUUAUUGUUGUACAGAAUCUGGAUUUGUUGUUCUGUACAUUUAUCUAUUUAAUUGCCUUCACUGUGUAUUUUUCCUCAUUUUCAUUCCAAAACACUGAUCUCAACUUCAUGAGAAAUCAAGACCAGUUUGAGGAUCUAGAAUGUGGUGCUGCUGGGUUGGAUUUUAGUUCGUUUUAGUUUAAAUUAGCUUUUUACUUUAGAUUUGUAAAUGAUGGCAAAAAACUGAGAUGCACUUAAAUUCCUGCAGAAUGUGUCCGACUCCCUUUGAUGGAGUUUUACUCUAAUUAUUCAUCUGUGCCAUCAUAAACAAUAGCUGAAGAUACUAAAGGGACAAUCAAACAUGCUUUAAAACUACAUAUAAAUAUUUUUACAUGUAAAUCUAUUUAUAAACUCCUUUCAUUUGGAUGUUUUCCCAGUGUUGGAGCUGAAUUCACUGUGUUCCCACUAGAAGGCAGCAUUCCUCUUGUUACCACUGAAAUCUGUUUUUAGUAGGAAAAAAUUUUAGAAUUAAAUAAAAGCAUUUACUGUAAAUAUAUUUUACACUCA